ACAUGAAAAUUCUAUUCUCUGCCGUCAGCUUUGCUUUGAUGCUUUCCACUAUUUUCCUCUUCUUUAUUUUCUAUUCUUUGUUGUCCGGACGUUUUCGGUUCUCUUCCGGAGCUCGGAGUUUCAGUGAGAUGUGUCCUAGUCUCAGCAAGUGGAGAUCCAUUUUGAUGGCAGAGCAAUGAACCCUUCCAGUUUUCGUUAGCUCUUGCAGCUCUCUCAAGUCUAAUUCUGUCAAUAUUUUGUAGUAACUCUACCAUCACCCGUGGUAAGCUGUUCUGCUACACAGGGCUUGGAAUUCUAAAUAUUUCCGACGUUGAAGUUAGCAAGUUUAUCUGGAAGGGACUCAUUACCUUGGCACCAUGGUUUCUAGCCUGAAAGCAAAGAGCAGGAGAAGUGCUAGUGUCAAAAUCAAUUACCUCAUUCAUAUCGAGGAAAUUAAGCCUUGGCCCCCUUCACAAUCUCUAAGAUCCGUUCGUUCUGUACUGAUACAAUGGGAGAAUGGUGAACGCUAUUCAGGCUCUACCAGUCAUGUUGUCCCUUCGCUGGGUUCUGAUACAGAAGAAGGAAAAAUUGAAUUUAACGAGUCGUUUAGACUCCCCGUAACUCUAUUGAGAGAUAUGUCCAUUAGAGGUGGUCAUGCUGAUAUAUUCCAAAAGAAUUGCUUGGAGUUCAACUUGUAUGAGCCCCGAAGAGAUAAGACUCUUAAGGGUCAGUCGCUGGCGACUGCCAUCAUAGACUUGGCAGAUUAUGGUAUCCUUAAGGAGACCUUAAGCAUCAGUGCUCCGAUGAACUGCAAGAGGAACUACAAAAACACAGAUCAGCCACUUCUACUCAUAAAAAUUCAGCCUAUUGAAAAGAGUCGCACUGGCUCCUUGUCAAGGGUUAGUUUGUCUAAAGUGGUGUCAAAGGACGUUAAUGGUGGUGACUUAACAUUGACGAAUGAAGAAUACGCUAAAGAAUCUGAGAUUGCCACUUUUUCUGAUGAUGAUGUUUCUUCACAUUCAUCUGUGGCAGCUGUUGCUUCCGCCCUAGAGGGAAAUAGGCGUAUACCUGCUGAACUUGUAGAGACUGGAUCAACUCAAAACACCAGUGGGGAUGACAAGGAGCAUCUGGCAAGGCUUGAAAAAUCAAAUAUGAUGCCACAAGAUACAUGCCAAAAGCUGGAGAGGAGUUCAUCAAGCACAUCAUCAUUGGAAAUGUCAUCUGAUCUCGGGAGUCCGGUAAAUGGUCAUGCUUCUUCUAAUUCCACUGAUUGUAAUUCGGUGACAACUCAAAAGCAUGUGGUUACCCAAAAUGCUUGUUCUUAUCCAUCUUUGGCUCAUGACAAAUUUGAGGCAGAUUUCAAGAUCAAGACAAGAAACGGUGAUAGUAAACAUUCAGAUGAGGAGGUUCAUGAAAAGGUUGUUAAUCAUAGAAAUAUAGUUACAGACGUUCAAAUGUACAACCAGAAUUCAGGUUCUGUAAAUUGUGAUGUUUCUGAAGUCAUUGAUAAAUUCAAUGGGAUGUAUGAGGAAAGUGCCAACACAGAAAAUGAAAAAUCAGCAGCGCAAGGUGUCAAUGAUCAUGCCUUAUUGAGUAGCAGUUCAUAUCCUUUAGGCACAGCAAAUAUUAUAAAAAGUGAAAGAUUAAAGCAUGUAAAGUCUGUGAGGUCACCAGCAGACUCAGUUAGGAUUGCAGGAUCACUUGGUAGUUAUCAUAAUUUGGAUGUGAAGGAAAUUGGCAACGUUGGAGAUGCACAAAAUACUGGAGAAAAAAUCAGAACCAUUGACAAGAAAGAUGCUAAAAUUUAUCCAAAGGAAGCAAGAAUGAUCAUUCUAGACAGCAAAGUCGAGCAUUUAGAAAACAAGAUAAAGAUGCUUGAAGGAGAGUUAAGAGAAGUUGCUGCUAUUGAGGCUUCUUUAUAUUCAGUAGUUGCAGAGCAUGGGAGCUCCAUGAGUAAGGUCCAUGCUCCAGCUCGGCGUCUUUCUAGGCUGUAUCUCCAUGCUUGUAAAGAAAACCUUCGAGCAAGAAGGGCUGGGGCAGCUAAAAAUGCUGUUUCUGGGUUAGUACUUGUCGCUAAGGCAUGUGGAAAUGAUGUCCCAAGGCUGACAUUCUGGUUGUCUAAUAUCAUUGUGUUGAGGACAAUUGUAUGCCAAACUUCCAAAGAAAUGGUACAAUCAGUUUUUGCAGAAUCUAGUGUAAAAAGGAAAAGUGAGGGAGAGAGGAAUGGCAAGACAACAAACUCAUUGCGAUGGAAGGGAUCUUCACCUGGUGAAAAUGAAAAUACAGCACCAGAACUCAGAGGUUUUGGUAACUGGGAUGAACCCCAUGUGUUCACUUCAGCACUGGAAAAGGUAGAAGCCUGGAUAUUCUCUCGCAUAGUGGAAUCUAUCUGGUGGCAGACUCUGAUUCCACACAUGCAACCUGAUGCAAUAGCCACUAAAAAGGAUGUGAACUCUGCCUCAAGAAGAAGCUAUAGAAGGAUGUCUAGCUCAUGUGAUCAAGAGCAGGGGAACAUUUCACUAGAUAUUUGGAAGAAUGCUUUUCGGGAAUCCUGGGACAGGCUCUGUCCCAUUCGAGCUGGAGGGCAUGAGUGUGGCUGUUUGCCUGUGCUGUCUAGAUUGAUAAUGGAGCAAUGUGUGACAAGAUUAGACGUGGCUAUGUUCAAUGCCAUUCUUCGUGAAUCUGCUGAUGAAAUCCCUUCCGAUCCUGUAUCUGAUCCCAUUAGUGAUCCCAAGGUUCUCCCCAUCCAACCUGGGCAAUUAAGCUUUGGAGCUGGGGCUCAACUUAAAACUGCGAUUGGGAACUGGUCUAGAUGGUUGACUGACUUGUUUGGUAUGGAUGACGAUGACUCAUCCGAAGACAAGGAUGACUCGCAUGACAAUGAUGGGAGGCAGAAUACAUCCUUGAAGUCCUUCCAUCUUCUGAAUGCGUUUAGUGACCUUCUGAUGCUUCCCAAGGAUUUGUUGUUGAGUUCUUCCGUCAGGAGAGAGGUGUGUCCAAAGUUUAGCGCUCCACUUAUCAAGAGGAUUCUAGACAAUUUUGUUGCAGAUGAGUUUUGCCCUGAUCCAAUUCCCACCGUCGUUUUUGAAGCUCUGGACUCCCAGGACGAUCUCGAGUGUGGUAAGGAAUGUGUUGGAACCUUCCCAUGCAAUGCAGCUCCCAUUGAGUACUUACCUCCUCCGGCGACUUCCAUAGUUACCAUUUUCGGGGAGGUGGGAAGUGAAUCUCAACUAAGAAGAAGCAGAUCAUCUGCUCUCAGGAAGGCUUACACCAGUGAUGAUGAGCUUGAUGAAUUAAAUUCCCCUUUGUCUUCAAUACUAAUCGACGCCUCCGCAUCUUCAGUGUCCUCAACAAAACUAUGCUGGAAAACCAAAGAAAUUCGCAAUGGAUCUACAGUUAGAUAUGAACUUCUCAGGGACGUGUGGAUGAGCAGCGAGUAGUCUCGCGGAUUCCUAAAUUUUAGGUUUCUCUGCCUGUGAGAUCUGUAAAAUAGAAACAAUAAUAGAGGUGCAUCACCCAGGUUUAGCUGAACAUGAAAUAUUAAAAAUCGAAAUGGUGAGAAUAGUGUGCAUAUAAAUAAUAUUCAUUUGACCGUC